CAGCAACAACAACAACAACAACAACAACAACAAAAUGCUCGACUCCAUCCCCCUCACCCGCAGCCGCCGCAGCGACGAACUGACCCGGCUCGCGGACCAGCACCUGCAACACGACCUGUCGGCCUCCGACCGCGACGCCCUGCAAUCCGCCGCCCGCACCGUCUCCCUCUGGACGACCGUCGGCUCCGCCGUGGGCGUGGGUCUGGGACUCUACACGGCUUUCCGGCUGCGGAGCUCGCGCCGCGCCUUCUUCGAGGUCUUCCGCGCGCAGCAGAAGCCAACGAAGGUGGUGUUUGCGGAUGGGCGGACUGAAUCCAUCCCCGAUAUCACCCCGCUGCUGAAACCCACCACGUUCGGCGACUUCGCGACGUAUUUCUUUGCCUCGGCGGGCGGGUUGUUUCUGGGCGGGGAGUUGGGCUUUCUGAGUGGUGCCGCCGUCGGCAGCCGGGGGAUCACCAACGAGCCCGAGCGCCGGAAGCGCAUCGAGAAUGCCUUCCGGCGGUUCCGGGCGGAUGUGCUGAGGCGGGAGGCGGAUGCUUUGGACGGCGAUCGGAAUAUUAUUGAGAAGAUGUUUUAAUUGUUGGGAGUGUUGGAAGGGGCGUUGUUUUUUGUUUCUGGGCAUUUAAGGAGGUGUGGUUUUCUCUUUCUGGGCAUUGAAUGGGGAGAUGGUUGUCUGCGUGCACAUGCACCUCGAUACCCGGUGUGUAUUCUAGCGAAUAUUAUUGAAUCUUAUCGGAUAAGUGCAUCUCAUGCGGUGUAGCUGCAGGCCAAGUACUACACACG